CUUUGGGUGCGAACGCAGUUAGAUGACCUGUCCGAACAACUGCGCACCACCUUGGCUGUUUGCGCUGCCCGCCAAGACAGAGAUCGAUGUACUGAUGCCCGGCUACACACACUUCCAACGUGCCCAGCCCGUUCGCUUUUCCCACUGGUUACUCUCACACGCCACCUACCUUAUGGGCGACCUACAGCGACUUCACGGCGUACGUGAGCGUACCAACUGUUGUCCCCUCGGUGUUGGCGCCCUGUCGGGAAACCCCUUUGGCAUCGACCGCACUUUUCUCACCAAGGACCUAGGCUUCUCCUCUGCCCAUCCUAAUAGCCUGGCGGCGGUUGGGGAUCGUGACUUUGUCGCCGAGAUUCUGCAGUGGUCGAGUCUGCUGAUGGUGCACCUUAGCCGCCUUAGCGAAGACUUGAUUAUCUACUCAACAGCCGAGUUUAGUUUCGUUCGGGUUGCGGAUGCUUAUAGCACCGGCAGUAGUUUGAUGCCCCAGAAAAAGAAUCCUGAUAGCCUCGAGACGAUUCGAGGAAAGGCUGGCAGGGUUAUGGGCCAGGCGUCAGGCUUUCUUUCCACCCUCAAGAGUCUGCCGACAGCGUAUAACAAGGACAUCCAGGAGUCAGUGGAGCCCCUCUUUGACUGCGUUAAGACGGUUUCUCAAUGCCUGCGAAUCGCUGCUGGCGUCUUGAGUACGCUGCAGGUUAACUCGGAGAAGAUGAAGGCAGCCCUAACAGCCGACAUGCUCGCCACUGAUGUCGCCGACUAUCUAGUUGUGAAAGGCGUGCCCUUUCGGCAGACGCACCACAUCGCCGGCGCCGUUGUGCGCAAAGCAGAGGAGAAAGGUGUCUCCAUCGCCGAACUAGAGCUUCACGACCUUGAGCAGAUCUCGCCUCAGUUCGAGGCUGAUAUUGUUGACGUCUUCGACUUCGAGAGGAGCGUCGAGAGGAGGACUGCCCAGGGGGGGACGAGCCGGAGCUCAGUACUGGACCAAAUCUCUGCUAUCAAGGCCCAUCUUACUGGCAAUUAAACCAGACGGCCAACCAAAGAUAAGUCCUCUUUAAAUAAUCGAGUUGCUUUGUCUUUUGUGUGUGGCGCAAGGUACAAGUAGAUAGCACGUCCCUCGCUACCUAAGGUACUCAGCAACGAGAUAUGCUAGAGCUAGAAGCUCGUUGGGACAAUGGGGCAUGGCCACAGGAUCAGCACCUACUUUUAAAUCUGCCUAAUCGUUUAUCCAAUGGCC